AUGUACAACGAAGCAAUAAUAAAUUUGAUGGAUAGCUCUCCAAAUCAUGCAUUAUCCUCGCCCAGCAUUCAUCAGGCAUCGGACCAACACACACAUCAUUUGGCCGCUUUCAAGCUCAUAAAGCCGAGAUAUCAGACCACCAUUGAACAGGCCACUUUGUUAUAUCGUGUCAUCUUUCCCCGCAUUACGGAGUACAUGUACGGAAUUUGA